UCGGGUUCGUCGCUCUGGAAAAUCGGUAGAGUACAAGCCGUGGCAGUAGCGCGGCGCGCGUUCGGACGGCCGGUGGCGUGGCGGUGGUGGCGGUAGCGUUUCCAUAGGGAGACUUGGCGAAGGCUCGGGCGCGAACGGAUACACGGAGGGGGUUGCGUGGUACGGAUCGGGGCCGGGAGUGCACGCGUCCGUAGCCGAAGGAGCCGAGCGCGAUGCGAGACUACGCUCGCUCGUUCGCUCGUUCGUUUAUUCGUUCGCUCGCUCGCUCGCUCGUUCGCUUUGAAUCGAGCCGAACGGAGUAGCGCUGCUUUACGUUGCGUUGCGGUGCCGCUUCGCCGGUAGGUGCGCUACGCCUAUGCGCCGUUUGGCGCCGCUCUGGUGGGGAAGGGUGGUGUGUACCACGUGACGCCGGCAGCCAAUCGGCCGCGCACAUAGCCGGCGCCCGGCACAUGGCGGUGCGCCGGCUUCGACAGCCGCAGUCGCAGUACGUCGCAGUCAGUCGCAGUGGAAACACGAGCGAGAGGGUAGUUGCACGCGCCUGCCUUCGAAAGGAAAGACCGCGGUGAGAAGAGAGGCGAUCGAGAGCGAGAUACGAACGGAAGGGAGUGAGGAUAGAGAAAGAGAGCGAGAGAGAGAGAGAGAGAGAAGCCGAAAGGAAAGCGAACGAGUACGAGUGAGAAAGGGAAAAGAAGAAAGCGAGCGCGCGCCCCUUGCCUCCGUUUUCAGUGCAUCAGUCUCGCGCGACGUCGCUCUCGGGAAUCAGUCGGCCGGUGACGAGGCAGUCGAGAACGCGGUACACACGAACGUGUCGUUACAUCGUCCGGUCCGUCGGUAGCAGCACGCAGAACGCGAGAGAGAGAGACCGAGCGGAGGAAGCAAGCGAGAGAGCGAGAAAGAGGUGGAACGAACGAACGAAAGCCAAACGGUCGAAAUACGCAACUACGAGAAAAACGCGAGCGAAAGAGAGAGAUAGAGAUAGGAGUGGAGUUGCUACAGGGCUCCCGAACCGCACAAACCGCACGCGUCGGACAGAACGCGAGACGGAGGGAGAUAGAGACGGACAGUGAGAGGAAGAGAGAAGAGAGAGCAGUGGGGAUAUCGAGAAGGCCAUUUUCGUAGCCGGUGCGCGCACGAACACGCACAUACGACUCGGUAGUGCCUGUUUCCAGCGCUAAAAGGAACGGGCGACUGACUACUAUACUCGCUAUCGGUGCCCGAGCAUCCACGAGAGGGGACGGCAGAGUAAUACGCGACGAGCGGAAGAAGAGCCGCGGAGCGAACAACCGACAGCGUAAGCCGACGACAUUACCUCCGCGCGGUGCGUCGGCGUUGCACACGAGUUUCCGGGUUUUUUUACACGCACGUAUAAUCGCCGACGAGUCGUCGUGAUCACGUCCGUGCGUCGCGACGCCACGUUCUUUGUCGUGUACCGGUGAGAUUGUCAUAUCUUUCUUACCGUCGUCGCCGUCGUCGUCUUCGUCGCGUCGUCGUCGCUGCCGCGUGUCGCGUCCCAUCAACGUCCCUCGAACGUCGUCGUAGUCGUCGAGGCGGCGCGGACCGUUCCGCGAAACGUUCCGCUCGUUUGUUCGAUAAAGAGACGACGGGAGCAGAGCGCAAGAAAGAUAGAGAAGGAGAUAGAGAAAGAGAAAUAGAGUUCAACGACAGAACGUUGUACAGCAUAAGGUGAACAUCGGCGACGCUCAGCAAAUCUGAUCCCAGGAGAACAUCGUUGGCGAGUCCCAACGAUCCCGAGAAACCAGUGUUUCGUGACACGACAUCUUUUACUUGAGCGAAAUGCCGACGAGUUUGUUCAGCGACAUGGACCGCUCCAAUUCUGGCGGCGCCGCAUCGCUGGAGGACCGGCGCGCGUUACAGCUUGCUUUCGAGCUGUCGAUGCUCGGCUUUGAGGGCAACCCGGACUGUCCCGGCACCGGCACCGGCACUGCCGCCGCCAACGGAGUCACCAACGAUCCCGACCCGCUGCAGGCCGCACCGGCCAACGUCUUCGAGGAGGCGCGCUCCAAGAAGAGCCAGAACAUGACGGAGUGCGUGCCGGUGCCCAGCAGCGAGCACGUGGCGGAAAUCGUCGGCCGACAGGGCUGCAAGAUCAAGGCGCUCCGCGCCAAGACGAACACCUACAUAAAAACGCCCGUGCGCGGCGAGGAGCCGGUGUUCGUCGUGACAGGUCGAAAGGAGGAUGUCGCCCGUGCAAAGCGCGAGAUUCUGUCGGCUGCGGAACACUUCUCGCAGAUUAGAGCGUCGCGCAAGAGUUCUCUGGGUGCACUUCUGGGCGCACCACCAGGGCCACCCGCGUCGGUACCCGGCCACGUAACGAUUCAGGUACGCGUACCAUACCGAGUGGUGGGUCUAGUCGUGGGACCUAAGGGUGCCACCAUCAAGCGCAUCCAACAUCAGACGCAUACGUACAUUGUUACGCCUAGUCGCGACAAGGAGCCGGUAUUCGAAGUGACCGGGCUCCCGGACAACGUCGAGGCAGCUAGACGAGAGAUUCAAGCUCACAUCAGCUUGCGUACAGGCACUAGUGCAAGCGUGUGCGACGAGGCUGAUCUACUAGGUGCACUCUGUCGUGGCGGGCUCAGCUCAAUUUUGACUUGCCUCGACCCGCCUGGAUCGAACGCUUCCAAUGGCUCAAGCGGCGCGUUCUCGAGCAGCGGCAGUUGCAGCAGCUCGUCCAGUAGCUCCGGUGCCGCGGGGAUGAACGACAUCGUGGCGAUUUGGGGAGCUGGAGGACUGGAGAGAGACGAAGGUCUCGGCGAGUCGCCGUCAUUCGAGUCGCAGCCGGCUUCGGCGUCUUCGAUCUGGUCGUUUCCGAGUGUCACACUACCAUCGAGGCCCUCACCACCGGCGUCGGCGAGUCCAGCCUCGCCCACGGACUCGCUUCUGGGCGGUGGACGGCGCGAGUGCCUCGUGUGCGGCGACAAGGAGGUUACAGCGGCGUUGGUGCCCUGCGGACACAAUCAUUUCUGCAUGGACUGUGGUAAUAGACUCUGCGAGAGCACCGAUCCCAUAUGCCCGGGCCGGACAAAGAGAGGAUCAUCUCGAUAAUUUCGUCAAGAUUGCGCACUGGGCAACCAUAAGAAUAUUUCCAUGGGUCUCUCUUCAUUUGGAAGCUUUCCUCACACGAGGGAAUAACAAAAAACAUAGGUACGUCUUGAUCUCAGCGUUUGUUUGGAACGCAUCUAGAAAGUGUUAAGUUCUCAUCAUCGAUCCAGGAGGAGGUUUUCCGUUGCCGAGUGUACAAUUACGGACUCGACGAACCUGCGAGUGCGACAGUGAAGAUUACCGAGAAUUACAAACACGUACAUGCGUCGCAACAUUCUUACUCUGACGGGCGCAUACACAUACACAAACAGAUACAUAUGCAUACGGAAAGAAACACUGAUAAAUGAUCUCGCACAGACAUCCUACACGUGAAAAAGAGAGGGAGAAGAAGAGGGUCACGGGCCCCUCGAUUCGCCACGAAAUCAUGUAGUGAUAUUGCGCGGACGGCGCGUUUGUUCCACCCGGCUUCCCUCGCCACUAGAGAGUAUUAUCUUAAACAAUAUCUUUAUAUAAGCGAUAUAGUAAUUGAAAUAAUAAUUUAAAAAUUACAUAUAUACAUAUAUAUAUGAAACAUACAUAUAUACAUAUAUAUAUAUAUAUAUGUGUGUAUAUUGCGUAUGUUGGAAGGUAUUUGUGAAGCAUGUGUGUGUACAAGGGAGAAUGUGAGAAAAAAUGCGACGAAUGAAUGAGGGAACACAAACGGCGAAUGAUAUUUUAUCGAAACAGAAGUUAGAUUUUGUAUUUUCCGCGCGUUUCACCGAUGGGACGGCGGGUGGUCUGCUGGGCCGUAACGUCAUUUGAGAGCAAAAGUAAACGAAGUGAGAGAGAAAGCGAGAACCUGAAAGAAUGAAAGGAAGAUAUACAGAAAAUAAUAUUUGAGAAUCCGUCGCGGCUUAGAGAAUACGGAAAAUUGCGAGCAGUGAGAACGCGAAGCGAAAAGAUACAAAAUAAAUAACAAAAUGGCAUAAAGAAUAGAGCACACAGCGUGUCGAGGGGCCGCGCGUCCGCUCUCUCAAGGCAGGAAGAACAAGCGUUUUAGAAACGAGGUCGGUCGAUGCGCCGGCGGCUCUCGUAAGUGUAUUCUUCGACUAGUAAUAAUCGAGCGAUCGCUAAACCCCGAUCGUCGGAAAAAAGGACAAAAAAAAAGAUAACAGAAAAAAGCGAUACUCGUUUCACGUAGGGGUCGACAUUUUUAAAUACACGCUCACAUAUACAUACACACUCUCAUACACACACACACGCGCGUAGCGUGUCCUUUCUUUUAUUGGAGAGGCGCGUAAUCGCAUUAUCGCUAUUAACCCUUUGCAUUUAAUAUCUAAUAUCUCUCUAUAUAUCCUCUUACGUGUAUGUAUAUAUAUAUGUAUGUAUGUACAUAUCCACAAAUGUAUAUGUAUCUAUACGUAUGUAUACAUAUGUGUACGCGACCGCGUGGAUGUGUAUCGACGAUUGUCAUUCGCGUGUCUUCGGGUGCGAUCUAUCAGAUGCCGCAAACGUUUUGAGCGCUUAAAGAAAAGCCAUGAUCGGUCCAUAUGGCGCUUCAAAGCAUCUGCAGCGUUUAAUGGAUCGCACCCUUCUCGUUACACAUCCGUUUCGCGCGCGUUCCAUCUAUCUAUCUAUCUAUCUAAUCUAUCUAUCUAUCUAUCUAUUUAUCUAUCUAUCUAUCUAUCUAUCUAUCUUCUACAUUCACGUCACCGUAGCCGCUUCCUCUUCGGGACCGGGACCGCGUACGACCGGAGGAAGGACGAGCCCUCUGUGCAUAUACGCAUAGAUACAUACAUACACACACUCAUACAUGUACAUCUCUUUCUCUUUCGUUACGUUCGGAGACACACAGACACAGAACCCCAUCGUCGUCCUUCCUCCUUCGUGCGUUCUCGCGGACGAGCGUUGCGCUCGAAUCGUAAGGGUCCCCCGCUGCGGUGUGUCCCCUCGCGAGGUUGAAAACCGCGUGUACAACGCGCGUUUGUCCUUCGCGCGAGAGAGGGAGCGCGCCUAUACGUGCGUGCAUGCGUAUAUAUUAUAUGUCCCCGCGUUUCUUUUUACGGCCCGUUUCUCCGUGUAAUCUCGUUUUCGAAGAAGGACGAGAAAGGGGGAAGAAGCUAAUCAAACCAACCGGGGCCUCCGCGGGGCUUUGUUUUUUUGCGGCGCCGCGACUAACGCAGGGAGAGAGGGAGAGAGAGAGAGAGAAAGAGAGACAACGGACGAAUUCUCUCCUCCGCUCCCCCUCCCCGAGAAUUCUUUAUCCCGAAGAGCGAAAUGCGGUUAAGCCGAACGUGAAACAGUCGACGCGGGAGCGACGGUGGUAGCCGCUUCCGCGUUCCUGGUGUUUCCGUCUUUCCCAUCGCUCUUCGACAUCAAGUCUGUUGUAUUACUCCGCGUAUAUAUCCCGUUUUCCUUCUUCUUCUCGGCACCCGCGCAAUCCCUCUCUCCUUCCUAACCUUGCCUUUCGUCCCACAACCUUAGCCACCCCGCCCUAUUUGCCCACUUCGUCGUUGUCUGCAUUUCUAUUUUUUUAAUCGUCGAGAGUUCUUGUCAAUCGUUGCCAUUUUUUAAACGAAGAUAUGCUCAAGUCGCAGCUCCGAACACAAGUCGAGAUAUAUUAUAUAAUACAUAUUUACAUAUAUUAUAUAUAAAUAUAUAUAUAAAUAUAUUAUAUAUAUCUAAAUCGCCCAUCGCGCGCGCGACGGUGGGCGUCGGAAGACGAGAGAGAGAGAGAGAAGAUAUUUUUUCGAUUUUUCCGAAUAUAAGACUCGCUCUUUUUUUUAUUAUCUCUCGUCCUUUUCUCUUAUUAAUAUUAUUAUUGUCAUCAUCAUCAUCAUUAUUAUUAUCAUUGUACUCUUUCUUGAUUUUUGUCGCGAAGAUGGCAUCUCCGUUCGCUGUCCGCGUCGUCUUGUGUUUCUCCAGUCCAGUUCCUCCCGGUGAUUUUUUCCCCGUGAUCACAUAAUACACCGCGACUCUUUGCUCCUGCGCUCGCGGCCGCGAGACAGCGAAGAGCGAAGACUCGCGCUUUCACUCACUCGGUUAAACGUACGCUAAAAAUAGAUUCGCGUACGCAACGAGCCUGUCAGAGGAUGCGCGAAAGAAAGACGCGCGGAUGAUAUAUUUGUAUAUUAUUAUUUGUUACUAUAUAUUUCGAUAUACCAGCACUCUCAUGAAUACGAACGGAGUCACACGUACACCCAAUACAUCCACUUUUACACACGAAGCAUACUACACCGCGCACCAACCAUACACGAACGCGUAUAUAUAUAUAUAUAUAUAUAUAUAUAUAUAUAUACAUACUCACACACACAUAUAUAUAUAUAUAUGCACAAAAGUGUAUAUUUAUAUAUUAUAAUCGAUGAGAAAGAAAGAAAGAGGUUUAUUAUAUUUAAGUUCGAGGUAAAAAGUAAAUUCUAUAUUUUUUCUAUGUUAAGUAUAAAGAAAGAAAAAGAUGCAUAAAUGAAGUAUGAUGAAGCAUAACACAGAUAUAUAUUAUAUUAUAUAUAUAUACACACAUGAAAUAUAUUUAUAGGUACUCUCUUUAGCGUCUGCGUUUCGAGUUACGAAGACGCGCCUCGCCGUGCCGAGCGGCUGGCGCGCAUGUGCGUAUCUAUGUAGAUUAUGUCAGGUAAUCUCUCAUUAACUUCGCUAUGAUAAGUCUGAAUCCAUCGUAGAUUUCGCGUGCGCGCGAAAGGAUUCGGUAGACGACGAAGGGCGAGAAUAAUAAGGAGGCGACGGAAAAAGAAAGAGAGGCAAAUAAAGGGAGAAACGCGCGGGGAGAUGUAGUCCCUUUUUAGCCAGGUGUCUUUAGAGAGCGGGGAGAAUUCUCAUUCCCGAUUUUUCACUUGCGCGUUGUGCGUUCAUAUAUUUCGACCGGGUCAGCGGACGGAUAAAGUAAGAGAGAGGGAGAGAGAAAUCACACACAAUAAUAUAUUAUAUAUUUAAAUUAUAUAAUAUAGUAUAUAUAUAUAUAUAAUCGCGCGCAUACGCGCGCAAGAGAGAGAGGGAGAAUUCUAGCAUGACACACACCGAUAUUGUCCGCGAACGCGCAUAUUUGUUCUUCGUUAAAACGAAGAAAGGGGAGAGAAGCGUGAGAACAACCCCUCCCGGAAACGGAAGAAACGCGUGGAUUUUAAAAAUUAGAGGGAAAAAGAAACGCCGUAGUCAACGGGGCAACAGAGCCUGGUCGGGAGAAUAAGAAAGGGGAAGAGGUGUCAUUAGGGUGGUUGCCAGAACUCGGAACUCGCGACGCCAAAAACUCGCUGGGAAAAGCGCGGCGAGAGGGGGAGCUGCGAAGUGAGAGAGGGGGACACGGGAGACUGAUCGUGCUCUUCUCGACGUUUUUUUCUUCUCUCGCGAAACGACCGGGAUGACGGAUGAUCCCGCGCCGAGGCUUCGUUGAAGUCGUCACCGGGUGCGAGCGAGGGCGCGGGUGAGAAGUGCAUCGCGCGAAACUCAACCCUGCUCAACGCGAUCCUCGCGUUAUCGCGACAUUGAAUGGCGUCAGAGUAGGCAGAGCGGGGAGAGGGCGAAGAUCGGGAUAUAUCAGGGAAGUCGUGGAAACUCUCUCGGGGCGCGCCUUCCAACGAUUCGAUCGCCGCUCGAGGCCCUCGUUUCGUCCUUGCGAGUGCACCACUGCCUAUCGCAUGGGAGUUUUGGGAUCCUUCGAGAGCCGUCAACUCAGUCUUCCGCAUGGCUUUCGAUCUCUCACACGUUCAGGACAAUUUCGUGACCGCCGGUCCCGAUAACUCUCUCGCGAGUGCCGUCGAGCUCUUUCGAAUAUCGAGAAGGCGGGCUACAGGGUGGGGUGUUUCUCGCGGGGAUGGAAGAGAGGAAACUCGUCGAGAACCUCCGCUAGACUUUGGGACAAUUCUGCUGAAUUCACUGACCGAUAACGCGUGCAUUACAAACACACAUACACACAACAUACACACGGAUGUACGAACGCUUUUAGAGGCAGCCUUCACUUUGGCCGAGGUUCCGACAUCGUGAGGUCGUCAUUGACGUCCGCAAUCGUUGUCUCGCGUUUGUCAUUCUCCUCUCUUUAGCCGUCGUUUGCGCGUUCCCUGCCCGAUCCCUUCGUAGCACACUCUCUCGGAUCUCACGCGAAACGUCAUCGAGCGCGAGCUUACGAAUUCCCGGGUUCCGAUCGGGACUCAAAACGGGCGGGGGAGGAAGGAGAAAAGGAAACGAUUCACACAGUAUCUUCCGGUUUCUCUUUCAUCGCGGCGAAUCCGAUCGUGAUCGUCGCGUUGCUCCGCCACCGUGCCCGUGUCAAGGAGACAAGGAUGGUACGGUACAGUUCGCGUGAUCAACGCGCAUUAUCGCCGCGUAAUUGAACAUAUAGUGCCAUAAGUAAAUCAAAAGAAACACAAGUCGAGCGCGUGCAGCGUACGUGCGUGUAGGCGGUAGUUUAGCGUCAUCGACGAUGUCAGAGUACGAGUCGAGGAAAUCGCACCAUUACGCGGCUAUCAAACGAUGAUAGCCACUAAGAGAAAUGAAGGAAGGAAGAGAGGGAGAGGAAGAGAGAGAGAGAGGGGGGGGGGAGGGGAGAACCAUGUUUUUGCGCUCGUGCGAUUCGCCGUGAGUUCUUUGGAACGACUUUGCUCGGAUCCGCUCUCGUUUCUCCGACGACGGGCGCCUUCUCUUCUUGCGCAAGUUUAGUGUACGUUUGAUGCAUUCGCGUCCUCGCACGCUGUGAGACGACGUUGUCGAGACACGCAUCCGUGAAACACACGCAUCACAUACGUGUAAACACAUACACCCAUCCACCCACCCACCUACACACACACACACAUAUAUAAAUAUAUAUAAAUGUAUACAUAUGUGCAUUUACUACACCACAGACCGGUAUUAUUAUGAACGAAAGGGACGUGGCGCAUCUAGUUUUAGAGGCGUUCUAUAACGAGUAAUUUAACUGAUAAGGUGUCGUGUCUAAGAUUUAAUAAUUGUAAAAUAUUAAAGCGUAAAAACUUUUAAUGAAUAUUAUAUAGCCAUUGGCUGUGACCGAUAACUGCCAUUUUCUUAAUCGAGAAAUAAAAAAGAAGAAUAAAAACGCGAAAGCGUAAGUAGCGAAGAGGCACCGCGACGCGGGCCGCAAACACGACUAAUAUGCACACACGUUUACACACAUACGAGGGAAUGACGCAUAGAUACACACACACACACAUACACAUAUACAGACACGCAAAAAUACACACACGUAAUAUACACAAUGGAUGCGUAUAUGACACGGGACAUCCUCGCGCGAAAAUGACUUUCGCGAGGUGAAGAACGCGCAUCGCGACAUAGAGGUGACGAGUGAUGUAUCGGGAGGACCGAACGAUGAUUUCAAAAUGAAACUCGGCAAACGCGAAUCGGGCACCGCGACUCGACGACAGCGGGAGCGAAAGGGUCGAUUCGCUUGCGCCGGUGGUAAAAAGGCAAAGCAACAAAAAGGUCGCGCUCGAUCUCGCGGAGACGAAGGUGCUCUGCAACGCGUCGCGAGAAAUCGUCUGUUGACCCCUCUCGGCUUCGAUCCGCCGGCAGCAACCCUUAUUCACCCCCGCGAUAUUAAAACGAACGUGGGAAUAAAGGAAGACAAAGUAUUGUUAAAGAUAUGAUACAGAGAGAGAGAGAGAGAGAGAGAGAGAGAGAGAGAGAGAGAGAAAGAAAGAGAGAGGGAAA